CUGAUGGCUACUUCCAGCAGGAUAAUGCACCAUGUCACAAAGCUCAAAUCAUCUCAGACUGGUUUCUUGUACAUGACAAUGAGUUCACUUUACUCAAAUGGCUACCACAGUCACCAGAUCUCAAUCUAAUAGAGCAACUUUGGGAUGUGAUGGAACGGGAGAUUCGCAUUAUAUAUGUGCAGCCGACAAAUCUGCAGCAACUGCGUGAUGCUAUCAUAUCAAUAUGGACCAAAAUCUCUGAGGAAUGUUUCCAACACAUUGUUGAAUCUAUGCCAUGAAGAAUUAAGGCAGUUCUGAAGGCAAAUGGGGGUCCAACCCUGUACUAGCAAGGUGAACCUAAUAAAGUGGCCAGUGAGUGUAUGUGACACAUUGGAUGAAGAUAUUAAUGUACUAGUGCCAAAACGUCUUUGUCAUGCACUGAAUUUGUCAUAAUACUUUUCAGUAGUAAUGCCUUGUACUCAAUCAAAGCACCAUUUUAUUUUAUUAAUUCUAUUAUUUUUGGUGAACUAUAGACACACACUGAAGAGGAUUUUCAAUGUGGUUAUCUAGAUAUUGUUUUUAAACUUGUUGUGUUUUUUAAAUGAUAUGGAAUAAAUUAAAAGUUUCGAAAUCAGCAGCUGACCAGUCAUGCAAUGUAAAUCUUUGUUUUUGUUUCAGUAUACAGGUAUGACAUCACUUGUGAUAAUAAGUGGUCAGAGUCUAUAAGAUAAUUGGACCCUUGUUGAUGUCAACUGUGCCUUAUGGUCCAAUCUAAUCUUAAGCCUGUUCCCCUUGAGUGCUACUUAAUGUGUUUACCGGCUACUUAAUGUGACUCUUGAGAUGGGUCUAGCCAAACAAAGUCCAGUAAUGAGUGAUGAAUUUCUAAGAGUUCCCUAACUACUGUCAUAAGGGGGGAAAGCUACACAAGCUUUAUCACCAUGACUCUUAAUUGUCAGUCAAAACGUAUAAUAAUACCAGAAAAGUAAUACUUGUACAAAUAAUUAAUUAUAAUUUAUGAAAAGAAAAAUGAAAGAAGAAAAACUCAAAUUUACUGUUUCCCUGCCAAUAACCUGAGAUACUGUGAUAGGCUCCAGAACCCCUAUAGCCCUACAUAGAACAAACAGAAUACAUGGAUGAACAGCUGGAAUAUCACCAUAUACACAUUUAAACAGAAAAUUUAUAUUCUGAAAAUUAUUAUAAUUUUUUUUUAAAGUUGCCUCCAUAACUUUUUCAAGUGUUUUCCAUUAAUAACACCAAAGACAAGAAGUCAUGGAAUACAUGUUGUUGUUGUUUUUACACCUGCUGCAAAUGUGUAACCUACAGUAGGAAAACAAAAUAAGCAAAUGCAUAAUUUACAUAAAAGUGGCAAUGCAGAAUAUUUUCAGUAUCAACAAAAUUUUCAACAAAAUGUGCAAAACAAUAUAUGUAGUCAGUCUAACUACAUAUUUGCUAUCAACAUAGAAAGGGCCCACAUUGACCUACUAACCAUACAAACUCUGACCCCUUGGUAACAUGCUUUUUUCAUGCAAUUGCUACACCAAUACACAAUUAAAUAAAUCUCUUUUUCAAAGUAUAUGUUGCAUAUUUGACCAUUUGUACAUGUUUCUCAUAAAAACAAAAAUAAAAAAAAUCAGCGAUCAGAACACAUCACUGAAGUGUGCAAACAGCUCUAGUCCUCUAUGGGAAUAGUUAACCGACUUAUGGGAACACAGCAUGGUAUAUUUAGACACCAUGAUUUCAUUUCAAACUUUCAUUUCAUUCAAACGUAAGACAAAAUAAUGAUUAAACUAAUGAAAUGAGGAAAGGAUACAGAUUUCUGUUCACCAUUGUAAUAGGGAGAUAAUGUAUGAAAGAAAAGCCCAAAAAAAGUUAAACAUAACGUCAUAUCUUGUUUACUACAGUUAUAUCUGAAUUUUCUGCUGUUUAUAUGACAAUAUAUUUAUUGAACAUCUGACUUGUAAAUGUCAGCUUGACUUUAUUUUUCUCUUCACAGCAACACAGUAUGACAAAGAGGCCUCACAACUAAGGUAAAGCCUAAGUGUAUUUUAAUCCAUGGAUAUUAAUAAUACAUGAACAUUUUGGCGUUAAACCUUUUUUUUUUUUUAAAUCAGAACAUUGUAAAGGGGUUGAUCACCAUGGAGAAUAUUUCUGCGCAAAAUAUUUCAUUCACAGACUUCAAAUUAAAUGGUUUCUACAGCCUAGGAGAAUGGAGGCCUUUUUUAUUUAUCCCUUUCUUUCUAAUGUUUUUAUUGUCUCUUACAGCAAAUUCUAUUCUUUUAUGCUUAAUUAUAUCUCAAAAGUCUCUGCAUUCUCCUAUGUAUGUACUAAUAGGGUUGAUGGCUGUUGUAGACUUGCUCUUGCCCAUAUUUUUUGUACCUAAUAUGCUUUUUAGCUUUUUAUUCAACUGGGGUGGGAUAUCCCUAGUUGGGUGUUUGAUACAAAUGUUUUGCCUUCAUUUUGUUGGAGCAUUUCAAACUACUUUGCUUUUGUGGAUGGCACUGGAUCGUUACUUUGCCAUAUGCAGACCUCUUUACUAUCAGAAAUACAUGGAAAUCCCUAACUUUGUAAAGUUUGUUGUUGUGCCAGUAAUCAGAAAUGGACUACUAAUUGUCACAAUGGUUUCUCUAGCUGGAAAACUGACAUUUUGUGUAACAAAUGUCAUUGAUCACUGUUUUUGUGAACACAUGGCAUUGGUUCAGUUAGCAUGUGGCGAUAUAACUAUUAAUAACAUUAUAGGACUUUCAACUGCAUUCCUGAUACCAACUGCUGAUUGUAUUCUUAUUGCUGCUUCAUAUGUUGUGAUUUUUGCCUCUGUGUUUAGAUCUGGUAAGGCCCAAAUGAAGGCCAUAAACACCUGCAUUACUCACUUAAUUGUGAUAUCAGGUAGUUUGAUUUUUGCGCUGAUUGCAUUCAUGUCAUACAGAAUAAGAAACAAUUUUUCUUCUAGUAGCCGUGUGUUUGUGAGCACAAUGUACUUACUUUUUCCAAGUUGUUUCAACCCAAUUGUUUAUGGAGUGAGAACAAAAGAAAUAAGACAAAAGUUUCUUCAGUUUAUAAGUGAUGUAGAGGUAUUUCCAUUGUACAAUAUUUAGUAAAAAAAACAAAA